CCGCGUGAUCCUAUGGUAUCAUCACAUUGACAGAGUAGCUCUGGACAAGAGGGAAAGUUCGAGAUGGUUUAAACACAAGAUUGUAGAUAUCCUUUAUUUGAAAGAUAAGAACUGAGAUUGCUAAGGACCCUCCCUUAAACACAUCCAUCUCAGUGUAACUUGCUUUUUUUUUUUUUUAAUUCCUGAAGACUUUGUCAAAAGGUAUUAGACUACCCUUACCACUCCGUCCCACCUUCAUGUAUCUAUAGAGGUUAUACGUUGCCCUUGGGGUUUUUACAAAAUUUGUUCUUUAACAGUCAGUUAAGAAAAACCGCUUCAUGUCCGCAGGAGCAAAGCAAUUUAUACAGCUGAGAAAUGAGGUCUUGUUCCUGUCUCUACACCCCCACAUCCCACUCUAAUGUUUUAUUAAUUUGGUUUAUCUUUGCCUUCCACUUGGUUUAUUUAUACCACUUUCUGCCUGCCUCCCUGAUAUUUCCCUCUGCACCGUCAUAAGAUAUGAUUUCGUGACCAGGGAGACGUAAUGUUCGAUGCUUUUAUUUGCAAUCAGAGAAUAUAGUCCCAUUCCUUCCUCCGUAGAAAAGCCAGGGCAGCAGCUUAUUUUCACUCUUUAGCAACCCAAAUCUACAACUAAUACUUAGAGUAAACGCCUACUAACUGAGAAACUGGCAUAUGUGGAUACUGGAAAAAGAAAACUUCAGAUUAAACUCCCACUAACCUAGAAACUGCAUUUGUGGAUACUGGAAAAAAGAAACUUGGUUGAUAUUUUGUUGAUUUUUCCAUCGAUGGGAUUCAUAGAAAAACCUGCCUCCAUGAGCGAAUCCUACAUUCACUCCUCGUGUCAUCUGUUAUCAUACCCUUUAAAAGUAAUCAAGUAUUGGCUGGGGUGGGGUAAAUUAGUUUGGGGUUGACAGAUCUCACCACUAGAUAUAAAACAGAUAAAACAACGAGGACCUACUAUAUACCACGGAAUCUUCAAAGAAUCAGAAAAGAUACUACCCACUACAAAAUAAUUACACGAAUGAGUGAAUAGAUGCAUUGGAAAUCUCCUAUCAAAUGUUACAAGCAAACUACAGACAUAAAGAAGGGUUUAGGGAACCUUGAAAGUCAUCGAAUUAUCAUGGACCUAACUGGACGAUGCUCCUAAUUCUUUUGUCUCUAGUUUUGGAUUGACGUCUUGACAGGUGUUAUAAACUCCUGAAGUCGUAAUUGACUGAGCUAUAAAUGAGAUAUUCAAAUGCAUUUUAUUCAAAUAUAUAUCGUGAGUUUUAAAAAAGAUUGUGUGCUUGUUUAAUGUGUGUGGAGCGUUAGGUGUUUGUGUGUGGUACCCAGGUAGGACCUAACACUAUUUCCAUUUUCUUCUGUUUUUAUUAACUACUUUUCUCCCUAGCUUUCCACAAUCUUCCAUUAAAAGCUUUUUAAACUUCUGACAAAACUUUUAAAUACUUUGAUCCGUAUAUAACUUACAUGUAAAAAAUGUAGAAUAAAUGCUCUUUUUGAAGAUUUUUUUAUAUUAGAGAUGAUUUUUGCUCAAAGUCUGCCUCAAUAAUUGGUAGUUGCUGUUGCUGCUGUCACUGUUUUUCCUCUUAUUUUGUAAUAACUAAAUACGAACCCAUCAAUCAAAUUUAAUACUUUAAUUUUUAAUAUUUUGGCAUACAUUUUGAUGAAUCCAUGUGCUUAUUGAGUUGCUGUCAUCCACCCUGUAUUAUCAUUCUGUGAAAUAGAAUUGAUUGCCACAAUGGUAUGUAGAGGCUAACAGGAUCUUUAACUGGUCAAAGGGCAGGAGUCUGUUGGUGAUGCUUAUGGUGAGAGAAAAAGCUCAUUAAGUGCUCUUACAUUAUCUUUCAAAGCUACAGAAAAUGAUCUGGUGACCUCUAGAUUGGUGAGCAUGCAUUUCUGAAGAUGAACGGACUGCCAAAUAGGAUGCUCCUUCCUAAUGACACCCAGUUUCACCUCUUUUCCUUCUUGUUGCUGGGAAUCCCGGGACUAGAAACGCUCCAUAUCUGGAUUGGCUUCCCCUUCUGUGCUGUGUAUGUGACUGCCCUCUUAGGGAACGUCACUAUCCUGUUUGUGAUCCAGGCGGAGAGCAGCCUGCACCAGCCCAUGUUCUACUUCCUGGCCAUGUUGGCUUCCAUCGACCUGGGUCUUUCCACAGCUACCAUCCCGAAGAUGCUCGGGAUCUUCUGGUUUGGUCUCCGAGAGAUCGACUUUGAAGCCUGCCUCACCCAGAUGUUCUUCAUCCACAACUUCACACUUAUGGAGUCAGCAGUCCUCUUGGCCAUGGCUUAUGACCGCUACGUGGCCAUCUGCAACCCACUGCGAUACACGGCCAUCCUCACCAACACGGCUGUUUCGGUGAUUGGUCUUGGUGUGUUAGUGAGGGCAUUUGGUUUUGUGCUUCCAUUUGUGUUUCUCAUUUUACGACUACCCUUCUGUGGGAAUCACAUCAUCCCUCACACCUACUGUGAACACAUGGGACUUGCUCGUCUGUCUUGUGCCAGCAUCAAGGUCAAUGUUAUUUACGGCUUAUGUGCAAUUUGUAACCUCCUGUUUGACAUCACAGCCAUUGCCCUUUCUUAUGUUCAGAUACUCCGGGCGGUUUUUCGUCUUCCUUCCCGUGAAGCCCGACUCAAGUCCCUCAGCACCUGUGGUUCUCACGUUUUUGUGAUCCUCGCCUUCUACACACCAGCCCUCUUUUCCUUCAUGACCCACCGCUUUGGACCCAACGUUCCCCGUUACAUUCACAUCCUCCUGGCCAAUCUUUACGUUGUCGUGCCACCGAUGCUCAACCCUGUCAUAUACGGAGUCAGAACCAAGCAGAUCUUUGAUCGUGUGAAGAAAAUAUUGGUACUGAACCAAGGAAAGGAAUAAAAAUAACACGUAUUCCAUAUGAGAUUCAAUAUGCGAUUUUAUGAAACUGAAGUUAUAGAAAUGCCUUCCCAUAAAAAUUAUGUUAAAAUAAGUACCGCUAGUGGCUCCCUUCUGUAGGUAUACAAGUGCACUUAGUAUCCACCAGCUUUUCACACCACUUCUUUUCAAGAUCCAUUACUGCAUCCUCUUUGUUUCUUAUAAUUUCACUUAGUAGAUUGUGCCGUUUUCUUUAUUAUGUUGAAUAUCUGUGUUGAUAUUUUUAUAUCAAAAAUUUUGAGUUCAUCAGUUGUGGCUAAUCAAUAAUGUUUCAUGGAGCUUCUUUUUUCUCUCAGUAUAAUUACAAAAUUUUUUGAGUGUUUUCAUAACUGCAUGCGCCUGGGAAUAAAAUGGUGACUUUCCCGAUUUUCUUGGCAUUGUGGAAUUUACAGUUUAAAAUUAGAAAAGUCAGUAUAUAAACAUCCCUUCUUUUCCUUUCAGCCUUUUAAUGCCCUGAUAAUUAAAUUUCUUUCUGUUUAGGAUUAUCAAUUUAUAUUUAAAGCAAUCUGACAAUUUUAGUAUCUUACAUAUAUUACUAAUUUCAUACACACUUAACUAGUGUUAUUUUUUUCUAUUAUAUUUGUUAUCUUAUUAUUUUUUACUUCAACCUCAGCUAUAGUUCUUUCACAACAAAGGUGUCCCUCUUUAGAAUUAUUUUCAUUACCAUUGUUAAAGUCCCAUUUGUUUUAAUUUUAUACAUAAUUUUAUAAUUAUAAUUACUUUAGCCAUUGACCCACAAAUGUCCAUAUGGCUUAUCCAGUUUAAUAUAAAUUAGCAGUCUUAUUGCUUUCUAGUUAAUAAACGAUCUUAGAAAAAAUUUAGUUCACAUAUCUGUUUUCUAAUAUAUACUAUUGUUGGUUUAAUUUACUUGUAAAUUUUAAAAUGUAUGCACAUUUUGUUUAGGGCAGUCAAAAUUCAUUUAAAUGUUCCCAAGUAUUUACUGUUUCUACUGCUCUGUGUUCCUUCUUACAUCUUCAAAAUUAUAUCUUUACUGAUUUUAUUCACGUGUGAAGACUAAACUGAAAUCUUUUUUCCUUGAUGCAGUUUUGCUGGCCAAGAAUUUUCUGUUUUACUUUUCCUAAAAUAAUUUUAUUUUAUCAGCAAUUUAGCGUUAUUUAGAGGACAUGGAAUUCUAACUGAACUGGGCUUUUCAGCUUUAUGGAUGUAUAAAUAACAAGUAAAAAUGUCUCUAUUUCGCUUGUACAGUGUGAUUUUUAGAGAUGUGCAUGUGACCAUUUCACGCAUGUAUAGACACUGUGACAGGAUUGCCACAGUCAAUUAGCACAGCUUUGGCUUCACAGUUACCUUGUUUUUGGUGGUCAGAAUCCUUAAGCUCUGCUCUCCUUCGCACGUAUCAAACAUACUAUAUGGUAAAUAUUAGCUAGAACCACCGUGCUGUGCAUUGGAGCCCCAGCACUUAUUCACCCUCUAGCUGAAAACUUAGACCUUUUACCAAUAGCUCCCUGUUUUCCCCAUUCCCCAGCCACCCUUUAGAAGCUUGACGUUUUUAGGUUGCACAUAAAAGUGAAAUCUUACAGUAUUUAUCUCCCUGUGCCUGAUUUAUUUCAUUGAGCAAAAUGUCCUUUAGGCAAUAUUUCCUUCUUUAUGUGAAGGAAUCAUAUUUUGUAGGCUAUAUAUUCUGCAUAUUCUUUAUUGAUUCAUAUGUUAGUGGAUACUGAGGUUGUCUCCACGUCUGGGCUGAAACAUGAUGCCAAGAACAUGGCAGCAUAUGUAUUUCUUCAAACUACUCAUUUUGUUUCCUUUGGGUCUAUACCAGGAAGGGGGGUUGAUGGGUCACAUGGUAAUUAUAUUUUUAUCUUUUGGAAAGAAACUCCAUGCUAUUUUCUGCAAUGCCUGCAUCAGUCUGCUAUACAGUAAAGAGCGCGGUGGAGCCAGAGUGCCCAUGUUCCACACCUGUCUCUACCAAUCCCUAGCUAUGUAUCUUUGGGCAAGCUAGUUAAUCUCUGUUAAUGCUGGACCAGUUAAGCUACCUAAGCAAUUAAGCCAAGGGGAUUAUCCUAACUCCUCCCUCACAGAGUGUUUUGAGUAUUACUUUUACAUGUAACAAAGUACACAUCAAAGCACUAGAAAACAAUAGAGAUCUGUAAAUAGUUGUUACCGUAAUUGUACAUUCACACACACUGCAGUGCUUUUGUCUGUGUUCCCCGUUUCUAUGACGAAUGUACCACGUUUUAUGCUUCUCACAUGGGCUCAGUAUACUGAAAUCCAAAAUCACAUUUCAGGGAUUUACCCAGUAAUCGUUGGCAUUCUCUCUCUGUUGCACCUGUGAUGCUUUAUUGAUUUCUUGUAACUAGAAAAGGCAGCAUCUACUACAUUUAAUCAUAACUUUCUGGUAUCUCUGGCGUUUCUAUUGUAUCACUGAAAAAUAUUUCAAGCUCAGAAAACAGAGUAAUAUAUGAAAAUGUGUGCACCUUCCAACAUUUUAAUUUACAUGCAAAAUCAUAACCACUUCUGUACCGGUAACUCUCCCUUCUUUUCUAGGUGUAACUACUAUCUUGAACCUGAUGUAAGUAGUUGCCGUGCAGGGUUCAUUUUUUUUUUUUUUUUAAUGAGAGAUGUCUUUGUAAGCAUAUCGUUAGUUUUUUCUCUCUAGAAAUUUGCAGAAAGGAAGAUGUGAUGAAGAUCUUUCUACAUCAUUUUCACACAGUAUUUUUAUUUUUAAGUAUGUUCAUAUCAAUAAUGUUUCCCUGGUGUUUGUCAUUCAUUGCCUUAUGUAACAGGUUCAUUUAGCCAUAUUCCUGAUAUUUUGUGUCUAGAUUGUUCUCAUUAUUUUUAAGCAGUUUAAGCUUCUUAUCCUUCAGAAGGACAAAUUAUUCAAUCUGGUUCUUCAGAGCCCCUUCAGAGCGCACAAUGGUAACCAACACACAAAUUUUAGGGAGUUUUUUUUUUUUUUCCUUUCCUAUCUUAGGAUCCCCAUCCCAUUACUGUGCUUCCUGAGACGAACCUGCAGAUAAACUGUAUACUCCCAAGUCCUUGUCCAAGGCUACACUUUCAGGAGAACUCAAACUGUGAUAGAGCAUUAGUAGGGACUUGUUAGUGUAUUGACAUAGGAGUAGGAUUGCUCAAUAAAAUAUGGACCUAUUUUCUCUCUCUCUCUUUCUCUAGUUUAUGUGUAUGUGUGUAUGUUUUUCUUGCUCUCUGAAUGAGAAGCUAAUUUUUCUAGAAUAAUUUGAUUAUUAACCUAUCAUUUUCCCCAGUGAUACACAAUAAA